UGUUGGUUCUGAUACGAACUUUGGCGAGGAUACAAGGAAUAUUCUGGGAAUCCAGCAAAGUUUCUUGUUGGUGAAUGGAGAACUUUGAUACCACUGGUGACAAAUCUAAAGCAAGGGAAUGGAGGUGCUUGGAAAAUGGAUAGAUUGUCCUUUUACUGACUUGAAAGAAAUCUCUGGUAAAUGAAAUUGGAAACGGAGGGAGCGGAAUGUACACCAUGGAAAUAAUACCAGAAAUGACACCUGCAAAACUUUAACCACCUGCUUAUAAACCAGCAAUUAUCUGAUUAAAGAAGAAUUGGAUGGCUGAGUUAUUUAGCCUCUGGCAUGGGAUAUUACUUGAUAAGCUAUGCAAUAAUGUAACUUACUGGAAAUCCACUAAGUUGUAUAAACAUGCACCAAUUAUUUGACAACUGCUAGAAUUGCCAUGUCUCAGAUGGAUGCGAAUUUUUAUUUUUAGUAACUGCAACUUUGUUUAAAAUUACUCAGUUGAAUUUUUGUUUUCCAUUGUCCUAAUUUUUUUUCCACCAAUAUGUGAUCUUGUGUCACCAGGUUUAUAUUUUUUGUGGCACAGUUUCAAUUGAUCUCUAUCAAGCUAUCCAUAAAUUAUAGAGGUUUAAUGAUCAUGAAAUUUGUCAUUUAGCUAAAUGACAACUUUGUGUGCUCCAUGUAAAUGUGAAUCAAACAGACAUUUCAGAUGGUUAAUCUCACCACAAUACGUUAUUGAUCCAGUAAUUUAAUGAGUUAUCAAUUUAAUUUUGAGCUGAACUUAACUUUCAAUUAAUGAUUUACUUGGUUCUCACAAGGGGAAUUAGUAAAGAUCCACUUGCAACCUGGUGUAGUUUAAUCAGUCAAUAAAUGCCUUAUAAUUCUGCGUUGUCUAAAAUUUGUUAAAGGACUUGUGCUUAAUUUUCUCUCUAAUUGUAAAUUUUGUCCAUGAUUAGAUCUGAGGCAGUAUUAAAAAUGAUUUAAUGAGUGAUGAGGUUAUCAGCUUUUUAAUAUAGCAUGCAUAAUAUUUUCUGGAUGCUAUGUGCAUUUUGUGUGAAAGAACCAGGAUGCCUUAGACACCCUGUUUUUAUGCCCAUUUAGAUCCUGCACAUAAAAGCCUGACAUAAUGACCUUCCUAAUCACUGUAAUAGCACGUGUUCUCUCUGAAUGGACCUUUUUUGUUGUGUCAAACCUGCUGAGACAAAGAGAGCCUGGCCUGUUGAACUUGCAUUGUACUACUCCUCUCUGGCGAUUUGUGAGAUGAGUGCUCACAUGGAACCUAUAAAGUAAAUGUCUCUGCAGUCUGUGAGAUAAAGUAGGUAAAGCUAAAAAUACAUUUUCAGAGUCAUUGCGAUUGUAGUCAUUCUAAGACAUGAAGCAACAAAGUUCUGUCAUUUCUAUAGAUUUGUUUUAGAAAGUAAGGAUUUAGUCAACUUUUAGGACUUUAUAUAUUUAUAAGAGGUAAUUCUGUCAUGAUGCAGUUUAAAAUGUGGAAGAAAAAAGUAUUGUGUUAAAUGUCGCUUUACCAAAAACAAUUGGUUUGGGGAAAAAAGGCCUGGUCGACCAAAUUGGUGCAUGUUUAGUGUUUUGCUUUGGAGUUUUGGGCAUGUUUUUGUUAACCUGAAUGAAGAAAGGCUAGUUUUCAGGUUGACCAGUGUUACAAAAGCCUUUUUUAUGAGCUACAAUGGGAUUGUGAGAGACUGGCAUAGCGCAUUUGUUUGGUUUGGUGGAGAUGGAGUCUUUGAGUGCCUAAAGGACUAGAUGAAGCAUUUCCUCUGGAGCUCUUAUGGAUAACGAACUAGUCUAAUAACUGAUGAUUUAAAAAUAAAAUACCAUGUAUUUGAAACCCAUGCAGAAUUUUGGGACUGGACCUAUAAUGGAACAAAUAGUCUCAUUGUGGAAGUCCCCUCUGUUGAGCCAAUUUUUUUUGGUCAUGUAAGGAAAAGUACUCUGUGACAUAUGUCAAAUAUUUCAUGUGGAUCACUUCAACCCUUCACUUUUCAGCCGUGUUUGUUUUUCAGGUGGCUUUUGUGGGCAUAAGGAAAAAUGUUUUUUCAACUCGUGCAUUUCUUUCCAUAUUUAUUUAGCCUUUGUGAUCAACUGAAUGUGGGAAUAUUUUUACAGAACUGGUGAGGCUCUGAAGGCAGUAAUGAUAUUCUGUACCCCUUUGUCUACAGGUGCCGUUGUUUGUGCUUCAUCAUGGCGGUCGUCAUCCGUUUACAGGGACUGAGUGUCACGGCAGGUUCUGCGGAUAUUCGCAGGUUCUUCACGGGCCUUCAUAUUCCAGAUGGAGGUGUGCAUAUAAUUGGUGGAGAACUAGAUGAAGCUUUCAUUAUCUUUGCUUCAGAUGAAGAUGCCAGAAGAGCCAUGGCACGGUCAGGGGGAUUCAUAAAUGGGUCACCUGUAAGAUUGCUACUGAGCAGCAAGCAAGAGAUGCAGAAUGUACUUGAAAGAACAACGCAAAAGGUGGAGCUGGAUGAGAUUAGGCAGUCUGAGGGCAAUGGAAGAACCGCUCAAAGAUCCAUGGAGCGUGAGGUGGGCAGAAGAUCAAGUAGCCGAUCUGGUUAUAGCUCUCCUCCCCAUCACCAACGACCGGCAGACACCGAUGACCCCUAUGUUGUGUUUCUCAAUGGUUUGCCUUUCUCUGUGACUGAAAGAGAAAUACGUGAAUUUUUUCAUGGUUUACUCAUUGAUGAAAUUGUUGUGUGUAAGAAAGAUACAGGGCAAAACAAUGGAAAAGGCUUUGCCAGAUUUGCAACAAAGGAGGAUGCAUUGGAAGCCUUAAAGAGAGAUGGGAAAUAUAUUGGGUCAAGGUAUAUCGAUGUUCGCACAACAACAGCCGACUAUUGGAUACGAGCUGGUGGUAGCAUGCCAGCAGCUGUCAAGACGAUUGAGAACUUUGAAAGGGGAAGAGCACCUGUUCGCAGUCAGCGAAACCCCCAGUAUGAAGCAAGGUCUCGAUCACCUCUGCCCCAGAGACCUGUUGCUCCUACAGAUGAAGAAUACUGUGUGCUGUUGGACAAUCUGUCUUUUGCAGUGGAAAAAGGUGACUUGAAGUACCUUUUUCAGAACUCGAAGCUUGAGAAUGACCAGAUUCUGUUUCUAACUGAUGAUUAUGGCAGAAGAACCAGGUCGGCCUUUGUACUCUUUAAGAACAUAGGUGACUAUUGUGAUGCUAUAAGUCAGGAGAAAAGACAUUUCCUCAACAGAUGGAUUCAUAUACGACCUGUCUCAAGAGAGAACAUGCUCAGGCUUCUGGAAUCUCAGAAUGACCCUACUGCGCCUCCAGGAAACUCUGAAAGGCAUCAGGAAAGACCCUCGUCUUUCUCAACAGAUCCUUACGACUCUGAGAAAAUCUGUGCGUUUGUGAGGAAUCUCCCAUUUGAUGUGAGAAAGGUUGAGAUAAUUGACUUUUUUCAUGGGUUUAAUGUCACUGAGGACAGGGUACGGAUCCUGCAUGAUCAUAAAGGUAAUGGGGUCGGACAGGCUCUGGUUCUCUUUGGGUCUGAGGCAGAGGCCAUGGAGGCGCUUUCUCUCAAUGGACGGCGGUUUCUGGGGUCUGAAGUUGGAGUGAAGUGUGUUACACGUGCUCAGAUGGAUCAGUUGACUGCUGAGCCACCAUCAAUGCAAGAUGUCUUGCCAAAAGAGGGGCACUUCUCAGGCAGGAACAAUGAGCCUUUCUAUGGCACUAGUGGUGACACUUCCUUUUUUGAUACAAGGAAACCCAGGGAUGGUAAUUUGCCUAUUAAAGAGGAACGCAUCCAUGGAGGUCAGGACUAUGGAUAUCGUGGGGUAAGACCUCGUUCUCCGCGGGAUAGGGGCAGUGGAGGACAUGGGAGGUUUGGUCCACCUGAUCAACGCUAUGAUGGUCCCACCUGUGUGCAGUUGAUUAACUUACCAUUCCAAAUUAGAAGUGAGGAAGUCUAUGAUUUCUGUUAUGGAUAUCGCAUCAUACCUGGAUCUGUCUCACUUCAGUAUGAGCCCAGCGGAAAACCGAAAGGCUCUGCCACUUUGGUGUUUGAGUCUCGUCAGGAAGCUUUAACUGCAAUUGAGGAACUGAACGGGAGGCCGAUUGGUCCAAGAAAAAUACAGCUUUUGCUUGUUUGAAAUACAUUUGUGGGUUCACAUUUAAGACAAAGUAACAGGCAAAACUUUUAGUUUAUUUGGAAAGCUGGCAAUGUAGCAUAUAGCUCUUGUAUUAUUUUUUUUUUCUUAAGUGCAUUUUUAUGUUUACAAGGAAGUAUUUGUUUAGUUUAUUUUGGGUUUUCUAUUAAACGGUUGGUGUUUUUUGUUUUCAAAAAGUACUUUAGUAAGUUUUGGAACACAAUUUAUAACCUGUACAUGUCAUACAUUGUUUUUAAAAUUAAAAACGAUUGAUUCAG